GUCACAUAUAUUCAACUACUAAUUUUGUAUCUCUUGUAUAUCGGGGUUAAGUCGCUUUUUCUAUUCAUUUGUAUAUGUAUGAUGUGUCGACAAGAAGAACCAUCUGAUAGUAUAAAAGUAAUGGAGGUGACUAUUCUAGUUCAUUCAAUGUAUCUAAGAAGCAGACAUGUGGUUCCAAAUCCUCAUGAUUUCAGGAACCCAUGGAUCAAAACCUCUCGGGCACAAUGGCGACCCAUACUACUCCAGUCGACUAACAUCACUACUUGGACAGGCACCCGUCCCCUUCACCUGGCGAUUCCUCCUUUCUUCUUUCAUAUAGCAUGUUUCAUACAUCCAAUAUACGUGGUUGAAAGGUGCCUAGAGAGAAGACGUUCACCAGACAGUUGCAAAUGGUUAUCUAUCCAAGUGUAUCGUAGCUGAGACACAACAUUACCCAAGGGCCAGCAGCGAUAUUACAUAAUUCAGUUUGUCUUAGUAAGCAAAUCAAGGCUUACAUGUGCUCGGAAGAAUUCACACACACGCGUCUGCAGUCUACUGCAGAUCUAUUUUUGCUUUAGCCUUCAGA